UCACGGAAGGAUACCUCGAAGAACAAAAUGUAUUAAAAAUGCAUCAAUCUGACAAAAUUUGGUAUCAUAGCCAAUUACCCUGUAAAAUCACUAUAAUUUAAUAUCAGGUAGUUAUCAGUAUCCCAUUACAGAUUACUAAUAAUUUAUGAAUAGAUAUGAACAGUGUAAGGAUAUAAUAUGCCAAAUGAACAGAAGUUGUUGGCACAUGCAGUAGAAUGGCAAACUGUGUUGAAGAAGCCCCUGCUAUUGUUGUAACCAAAAUACUCAGCUACCUGUCUUGGAAUGAGAAAUUAAAUGCAACCCAAGCACUUCCAUCUUGGAAAUCUCAUCUACAUACUUCAGCUGCUUGGCCUCUAGUACAGCAUGGAAGCGAGGGUGAAGAAAAUGUUUACUUUGUCAAAGAAAAGAGAGCUCAUCUAUUAAUAUGUCUAAAAAUCUAUGGCAAAUAUAUAAGACAUAUAGACUUAGCAUUUGGGUAUAAUACUGGUAGAUCAGGUUUACAGAUAUUAAACGCUAUUGCUAACUUUUGUCCAAAUCUACUCAGUUUUCGUUUCGCACCACAUGAAAGUCCAGUACCUCACACUCUACCAGAAACUACUCUUACAAAGUCACAUGUUCUAGCGACAUGUUCUAUAUUAAGUAAUUGUAAACAUCUGAACGAAGUCGGUAUUAUUUCCCCAAUAAUAUCUUGGUCACAUGCAGCGGAAACUAAUUUAUUACUAGGACUAUGCUGUGCAAAUGUUGCGCACAAAAUCACAGAACUUGAACUAUUUUCUGGGUCGCUGCUUGAUCACGAAGGAUACUUAAAGCUACUACGGGAAUUUACUGGUGUUAAAAAGUUAAUGGUGCGUAGAGAAAAAGUUAAUAAUGAAAUUCUGCUAGGUCUAGUCAAGAAUGGCCUUCAAGAAAUCACUCUGUAUCAAGACGAGGAACUGCCUCUAGUGGAUGCACAACAGCUCGGAGAAAAAUUUUGGAAUGAUGUUCUAAAGAUAAAUUCAAAUUUCAAAGUUGAUCUCAUCUUGCAGUACAUUCUAGUCAUUAAAGACUCGUUCAUUACCAACAUGCCACUCCGCUCCCUAGUCCUCGAUGAUUUAGUAAAUAUAGUGACGAAAGGUGUCAUCGAUCAUUUGGUUACACAUUACAGCGAAUCUCUAGAAAGCUUCACCUACACAAAUCUAUAUUUAGAAAAUUUCGAGAGUGGCGACAGUCGGUUACCAGCUGCUCUUGUUACCAUGGUAAAGAAGUGUAAGCACCUUCACACAUUGAAAUAUGGAUUUCCACUUUCUAGCACCAGUGUACUGUUGAUUGCAAAGGCGAGAAAAUUGCGUGAACUGAUUAUUCCAGCCGUAGAGGUGUCAUAUGAAUUUGAUUGGGAAAUACAAGAAGAUUGGGAUGAUGACUUUAGGCAAUGGUUAACGAACAACUGUAAAAGUGAGGCGUUACUGGAAAAUUCGGUCUCUGAGCUGCUUGGUUUUGAAUGGCAUUUAUUUUACGAACACUUUAACUACAUGACUUUUGGAAGAAAUCUGUGUUUGAAUCUAUAGAUAUAAUAAUAUAUUUCAUUAAAAAUUUGCAGUUCGA